AUGGAUGGUGUCAGUAGCAACAGGACAAUGUCGUACAGUAGAUGGAGUUAUGACAGUGUUUUAGAUGAUGAAGGUAGCAAUCUGCGUCAACAGAAGCUUGACAGACAGCGAGCAUUGCUAGAACAGAAGCAGAAAAAAAAACGCCAGGAGCCACUAAUGGUUCAGUCCAAUGUAGACAGCCGCACAAGAACCCGAAGAAUGAAACAUUCAGAGGAACAAGCGCCGUUGGUUGAAUCGUAUCUUAACAGCAACAGCAGCACCAUUUUUCAUGCAGUUCAGGAGGCCGAGCAGGAAGAUGUAAAGGUGGUAGCAGAUGCUCAAGCUCCAAAAUCGACUAAAAAAACCAAGGCAGCAGCUGCAAGCUGUCAAACUGGCAGCACGAGAAAGGAGAAAAAGGGGAAACACAAAGGAAUUGAUGGCCCUGCUGCAUUUCAAGAUGAUGUUCAGGAGGUAGGAAGCCAAAUUCAGAUUCUUACUGUUGGGCAGUCUAGCCACAAUGAAGAUGAUGGAGAGACGAUGGCUAGUGGCCAACAACAAAGCAGGCAGGACCUUAGAGUAACAAUGCAGAAAAAGGAUCCCCACGCAAAUACAUCCUGGUCCACUUCCACCUCCCAAUCCAGUCUUGUGGCCCUGGAUCAUGUUCCAGGCAUUUCAAGCAGCAUGAAUUUUGAUGAAGAGGAUGAGGAUGAUGAAGACAGCUCAAGUUCCUCCCAGUUAAACAGUAACACCCGACCUGGCUCUGCAACAAGCAAGAAAUCAAACAAGGAGGCAGCCUCAGCUCCCAGCCCUUCCGCAAAUGAGCCUGUCAUAGAUGUUGAUGACCUGGAGGAGUUUGCUGUGAGACCUGCUCCACAGGGCGUCACCGUCAAAUGCCGAAUCACAAGAGACAAGAAGGGAAUGGACCGAGGAAUGUACCCUACCUAUUACCUCCACUUGGAAAGGGAGGAUGGUAAAAAGGUAUUUCUAUUAGCCGGAAGGAAGCGAAAGAAGAGCAAAACCUCUAAUUACCUCAUCUCUAUAGACCCAACUGACCUGUCUCGAGGUGGAGAGAGUUUCAUUGGAAAACUAAGAUCAAAUCUUAUGGGGACUAAGUUUACAGUAUAUGACAAUGGAGUAAAUCCAAUGAAAACAACAUCAAGCCUAGAAGCAAGUAACCUGCGUCAGGAGCUAGCUGCUAUUUGCUAUGUAAGUACUGCUCUCAGGCAAAGCCUGUAA